GAAACCAGAGUCUCAUACAAGUUUCCGAAGUCGUAGAAAACUAUUAAGAAUUUCAUUUUCCCAAAGUCCAAAUAAAACAGAUAAAACAAAAAAUGAACCAAGCAUACGUUACUUUUGCUCGUAACGCGAAAGAAGUCGACGAAGCUUUACUUCUUUUGAAGUCGAUUAGAGAAACAAAGACUUCAAAGCAAAGUCUGAUCCUGCUUGACUCUGAAAAUCUUGGAAAUGAAGCCUGGAACAAAUUGACAUCUUCAUUUGAAGGAGUUAUUGAGUUACUAACUUAUGGUGACUAUGACUUUAGAUGUCAUGCCUUGCUAAAAUGUAUGACUCUAGUGCACUUUGACCGAAUCUGCUUAAUCGACCCGUCUGAAUCGGUUGCUCAAAAUAUGGACCACAUUUUCGCUAUUGAUACUACAAAAUUUAUCUUUUGGAAUGACAUGAUUGUAUUGACACCUAAUAUGAGAACUCAUCAAAAUUUGUUGAACUAUCUUAACGGUGUGGAAAAACAAAAAACAAUGGAUGAAUUGAAACGGUUCAUAAUCGAGGAUUUCCAGGCUUUGCAAUUGGACAACAAAUUCCAAAUAGAUUUUGAACAGAACCAAGUAAUCUCGACCCAGCUUGUGAACAAUGUAGAGAAAAGUAGCACUGAAGACACAACCAAAUGUGAAAGCUGCGGCCCAUUCUCAAAAUACGUCCCAGCAGAUGCUAAGAGGCGAGAAGGAACCGAAAGAGAAAAACAUUUGGCCCCUUUCACCUACGUUUUUGGGAUGAAGGGGAAAAAUGUUCGGCAAGAUAUCGCCGUCGCUUUUAACUUCUGGUAUGCAGUUAGUAGCGCAGAUAUGGAGUGGAUUUUUCGCUUCGGUAAUCUCCUCCACACCGGAUCUUUGAUGAUUGACGAUAUUCAAGACCAUUCUCAACUUAGGAGAGGCAAACCAGCGGCCCAUGUAGUCUAUGGAAUUCCACUAUCAAUAAAUGCGGCCAACUAUGCUUACUUUGACGCGUUAAAAGUCCUCUUGGAGAAGAAUUGUUUAGAGUGUGUUAGAAUUGUUACCGAAGAAUUGAUCAACCUCCAUCACGGCCAAGGAAUGGAGCUGUACUGGCGAGACUGGGAAAUAUUUGCACCAAACGAUGAUCCCAAAAAGUACAUCCCGACGGAAGAUGAGUAUGUGGAAGUCUUUGUGAAAAAAACCUCUGCACAAUUCCUCCUCCUCGUGAGGAUCAUGCGUCUGCGAAGGAAUAAGGAUAUGCGUGACGUGGACCUCGCGAAGUUGGCCAAAAUGGUUGGAAUCUACUAUCAAAUUUGGGACGACUUCAUGAACCUUACUUCCAAAGAGUUCACCGUCGCUAAGGGCUUUUGUGAUGAUAUUUCCGAAGGCAAGCUAAGUUUUCCCGUAAUCCAUGCCCUCAACAAGGUUAACGAAGAGGUCAAAGAUCGACUCAUAAAACUUCUAAGGGAGCGGUCUACCUUGAAAAAAGUGAAGCUCGAAGUACUGGAAAUUUUGAACAGCUGUGGCGCCAUGCAAUAUACGAAAGAUAAGUUGACGCAGUUGAGGGUCGAGAUUGGGAAGGAAAUCGAAAGCCUAGGGGAAAAUCCAGGGUUGGAAUCGUUUCUAGAAAAGUUGUGGAUUAAGAAAUAAUCAAACACUUUUUCGAUUUAGUUUUGAUGACUAAGGAUCCUAAGAUAAAUAUACAUAGUUUAAUAACGUACUUAAUUAAUGGUAUGUGUAUGAGGUUAAUUAUAUUAAUGGUACAUGUACGAAAUUUUAAAUGGUUGAAUUGUAAAAUCUUCUGUUUGAAGCCAUUGAAUGACUUCAUUCUGAAACAUCAACGGAAUUUGUUGUCAAUAGGAGAAUUCAAGUCUUCUAAAUUUAUGUUUGGAUUUUAAUCGCAUUGCAUAGGAAAAUAAACCGUUGCAAACGAAAUG